AUGGAUUAUAAGGCGAAAUUGGACAAGUUCAAUAAGCAGGCAGGGAGGUGCUCGGCGAUCAAGAACGUGGCUGCCAAGGCUGGAUCUUCCAACAGUUCUCAGAAACCUUCCGGCAAUGGUGCUGCAGCAAGCAGUGGGAAAAUUCCUGCUCCCAACAGUAUCAAGUUCUCUAAUGAUACAGAAAGGCUUCAACUCAUCAAUGGUAUCUGGAAGGCUCCCGUUGGGGCGCAGAUGAAGCGUGUUAUAUUGCUCUUGGACAAGGUUUGGUUAUUGAUACCUUUAUUGUAG